ACUCUCCAACCGAAGGCUUAUUCAGCCAAAAAAAAAAAUAAAUUCCAAAUCCUAAGAAAUGGAGUCUCCGGCGACAUCUCCGUCCACUUCGCUGCACAUCCCGGCGACUUCUCGUCGGAAACCUAGAAGCCCCUCCUCUCUGCCACUUCGCGGCGAGGUCGGUCUAGGCUGCCGAACCAAUCGCACUUGGCCAACUGUCGUGACUUCGAAAGAGCACGCUCGUGGAGUCUCAGUCUCUGCAACACAGAGCCGAGAAGCUGUGAACUUGUGCAAUCGAAAUGAGAAGGGUUGGGUUCACUUCGUUGGCAUUGGCGGUUGUGGCUUGUCUGCUCUUGCCAUGCUUGCACUCAAACAAGGUUAUGAGGUUAGUGGUUCGGAUAUUGUGUGGAGCAGCUUCAUGGAUGGGCUAGAAGAUGCCGGUGCACGGUUACAUGUAGGUCAUUCUGUUUCCAAUAUGCAAAAGCACCAUAAUGGGUUGACUUUGCCUAAUUCCAUUGUUGUGUCAAGUUCUAUUCCUCCAGACAAUGUGGAAAUUUUAUAUGCCAAGUCUGUUGGAGUACCGGUAUACAAGAGAGGUUAUUGGUUGGCCAAGUUAACUGAGCACUACAAUCUCAUUGCAGUUAGUGGAACUCAUGGGAAGAGUACAACAGCGAGUAUGCUUGCAUAUGUCUUAAAGGCGAUGGGAGAUGAUGUUACUGCUGUGGUUGGGGCACACGUGCCACAGUUUCUUGGAGGAAAUAUCAUCCUUGGGAGUGGUCAAAACUUUGUAUUAGAGGCUGAUGAAUAUGAUGGUUGCUUCUUGGAAUUGCUACCUGAUAUAGCUGUGAUAACAAAUGCGGAAUGGGAGCAUGUGGAUAUCUUUGAAAAUGAGGAGGCUGUUAAAACUAUUUUCAGGAGAUUCCUGAAGCAAAUUAGGGACGGCGGACAUCUAAUUUUAUGUGGGGAUAGAUUUAUGAUCUAUUCUAAAUUAAGUGCUUUGGGAGGUCUACACAGUGUUGGUGCAUAUUCCUUGUUGGAUCACGGAAAUCAAGUUACCGGAUCAGACUAUUCUUUCCCUGUGAAGUCAAACUCAGAAGUGUGCAGUGAUAGCUACAGAGUAACGACUUAUGGUAUUUCAAGUUUUAAUGAAUGGCAUGCAUCAUCCUUACGUACGAACUUGCAAGGUGGAAGUGAUUAUCAACUGUGUCAUAGGGGUUGUCCGGUUGCAGACAUCAGCCUGCAGAUACCAGGGGUUCAUAAUGUCCUUAACUCGUUAGCUGUUAUCACCACGGUAACCGCUAUAUUUAGGAACCAAAUGCAUAUUUAUGAAUCAGUUGAUUUGAUGCGGUUACACUUAAAUAAUUUCAAAGGUGUAUCUAGACGUUUUGAGAUGAUUGGUAGAGUUCGUGGAUGCCAUAUUUGUGAUGACUAUGCUCAUCAUCCAACGGAAGUUCGUGCAGUUCUUCAAGCAGCUCGGCAAAGGUUUCAAUACGAGGAUCUAUUGGUAGUAUUUCAGCCUCAUACCUACAGUCGUCUAGCAGCACUAAAGAAUGAAUUUGCGAAUGCAUUCAGUGAUGCAGAUAUAGUUGUUGUUACUGAGAUUUAUGGUGCCAGAGAAACAAAUCUUUGGAAAAUUAGUGGAAGGGAUCUAGCUACUUCUAUAAUUGGCCCUUCAUCUGAAUACAUCCCUUCUCUGGGGGAUGUGGUAGAUAAAUUGGCACGGUACAUAUCAAAGGACCCUGAUCGCGCAACUGCCAUCUUAACACUUGGAGCAGGCAAUAUUACUACUGUGGGCCAUACACUGCUCCGGAUACUGCAACAAAGGUUACAGAGUUAAUUUGUAGCUCAUAUCCCUGCUGCUGCUUCUGAUUAACUCAUGAACACAAUUUUUCUCAAUUUGGAGCUCUAGCAGAAACAGAUGAUAUUACAGAAAUAGGGCAUCAGACCCAAUAUUUCCAAGCUGCAGAUAUAAAUUAGUUUUCAACUUAUUCAGAAAUUCAAAUUAUACGACUGACAGCCAUUUGCCUUCAAAAUAGUGGUGACAGCAAGGGGAAGUUGGCUCAUCUAGUCAGGCUCUAUAGGGCAAUGGCAAAUUGGCAAUAGUGACUACUGUCGGAUUCAUUGCUGCCUACACUGAAAGAUGUGGUGCUUACAAACUUUUUUGGUAGAGAGAGUUGCAUAGAUGGGCUUCAUUCACAUAGCAAGAAAGUUCACAAACUGUCCAAUAAAGGUGUAUUCUUUCAGUGCAACUGUAUAUAACCUUUGACAACUAUAUGUUCUUUUGCAAGUGUUGUUUUGUGGUAGCAUGUUUUUCUCUACAUACAUUCCCUCAUUUUGAGAUUUCUAGCACGUUUAGACUGAUGCCAUUUCGUGUUAAGGGGAUUUUUGUUUCUUCUUGUAAGAGAGAACAUAUACUUUCAAUAUAUAUAUAAUUUUGU